AUGCCAUCCGGAUAUCAUAUAGACUCUGAACAACGACAAGAUCAUGAUCCUCCCUGUGUGGAUGAGACUGGGGACAAUUAUGGCUAUUAUAGACUAAUUAGUGAGUUAUCCAAAGUAACCUCAUUUAUUAUUGCUAGAGAGCAAGGUCUGAUUAUGAACUUUUUGGAAGGACACUGCUUGGGGAGCUGUAUUGCCAGUUUGAGCUGUUUUCCAUGCUGCUUUUGCUUCCCAAAAGGCUACAAAAUCAUCGAAGAAGGCCAAAGUGCAGCCGUUUUGGAAUUCGGUAAAUACAAAAACACUGUUGGGCCCGGGCUUAUCUACAUCAACCCGUAUACACAAUAUUUGAAGAUAUUCAAUAUGAACAUCCAGACUAUCACCGGUGAAAAGCAGACAGCUAGGAUUGAAGAUGAAACUUACAGAAUUAAACUGACCAUAUCUUAUAAGAUUAUCGAUAUGUCGGCAGCAGCAAGGUUUAGGGGGAAUAUUGAGGAAGCUCUGAAACGGCAUAUACAGGAAGAAAUUCAUUUCGCCUUAACUGAUAACGACAAGUGGCUUGCUCGCUCUUGUAACAGUACUGGAACAGCACAAUAUGAUAUCUGUGACAAGCCACACCAACUAGUAUUUUUGUUAAUGAACAUUGAAGACAAUGAAAACUUCUACCAUACUUAUAUUCCUCCUGCCCAACCAUCGGAUCAACCUCCUAUUACAGGGACCAGCCUUUUAGGUGGCACUCGGCUGGCGAGGAAUAGGGUGCAAUGCGCCCUGCUCGCAUGGCCGAACCUGGGAUGA